AUGGAGAAACCAUCAGCAGCUUCAGCCCGUGGAAAUGACGAUAGUGGAGGAAAAAGAACCCGUAUUGAAGUCCCUGUUGGAUGUAAAUUUGAUCCCAGUGAUGAAGAAUUGAUGUUUUAUCUGAUGAACAAAAUUCUGGAUAGCUGCGAGUAUAGCACUGGAAAGAAAUGGUUUUUUUACACCGUAGAGCCAAAUGACAAUGUGUUCUCUGGAGAUGGUUAUUGGACCCCUACAUCUGAAAAAGCUAUCUACAUUGGAGGUCAAGUAAAUGGUUACAAGAAAGAACUCAUCUAUUGUCGUGGAACAGAACAUCCUGGAAAAAGAACCAAUUGGUGCAUACACCAAUUCAGGCUAAAUCCAGACGUGUAUGUAGCAAAUGCUAUUGGCAAUAAUAUUGAAUAUAAGAAGAUUUACAAGAAGACCGGGAUUAGUACUAUAUAUGCAUCACGCCUUUAUAAGCCAAAUUUAAGGGGUGACUUCCGGGGAUUUGAUGAUUACGGAUUUGGCUUUCAUGGGUGA